AUGGAAAACCUGAAGAACACAGAGUUUGGACAAGAUGCCAAUUUGAGAGCUAAAAAGGUAGGUAAAAUACGUGUACAUUAUUUUGUUAAUGCUUGCAGUGCAAAUAUUUCUAAUGUGUAGUUUAAGUCAUCCACUUAGUGAUUUAUUUAGCCUGUCCUGUAACAGAGCUGUGCUUUGGCAGUGCCUGGUGGCCGCUGUUGCAUUACUGUUGCUCUUGGGUGACAAGAAGUCUUAGUUUGUUCAAACACAUUUAUCCUGGGUACCUGGAUCUUUCAGGUUAAGGGCACAAGGGUCUUUCAUUUUUUAAGGAAAUAACACAUGUUUUGCAUGUUUGUCUUAUGCAUACAUAAUUUAUGAUUGUUAUAGAAUGCACGAGUGCCACACCCUACCCCCCUUUGACAUUUUUAAUGUUAACAUUGUCCUUCCCAUUUAUAUGCAAGGUUUCAUUGUAGUGUAAAUUGCUCAGAGUAGAGAGCAAGAACCAAAUCUAAAGAUUCAAAAUAGUCAGGGUGACUAUUUUGCCAGACUAAACUGUUGCUGAAGAACAAAGUAAAUGUUAAUUAAAUGUUUAUCACAGUAGUCAUGCCACUGUGACUAAAUAUGUUUUUUUGGUGUUCAGAAAUUGACGAAUCGCACAGACGUGUUGGACAAGGCACACCUUUCUCCGGAUGACAAAGCCAAAACAAAGGCUUUAUUAGACCUACACAAGGCUAUCCAGGAGAGUGAAGACAAUGAAGAGGGGGGCAGUGAUCCACCACCCAGGUACAUCAGGCCACUAUGCUCAGAGAGGUCAAAGUUAAGAAACAUCAAUGCUGUUCUUGACGCCUUUUGUGAAGCUUGCAUGUCAAAGAGGCAAAGAAAGAGCAGCUGGGAAAAUAACCAGAGAGGUUGA